ACACUGAGAGUUUGGUCAAUGGGAAUCACCAGGCCAGGCCAUUCCGGUCCCCCCCAACUCCUGGAGGAAGGGUCCAGUCUGAGCACAGUGCAAUUGUCAGCUCCAUUGAGAAGGACCUUCAGGACAUCAUGGAUUCCUUAGUCAUGGAUGACCCUGAUCCUGAGCCCUGUUCAUCAGAGGCUAAAAAGCCUCCUGGAGCCCAGUCCAGUUCCCUCUCCCCCUUGUCACCUAUAGUUAAUGGAGGGGGGAGGCAUCUGUUAUCCCCUCCUACCAGCCCAGGGUCCAUGUCUGUAGGGUCCAGCUAUGAAAAUGCAUCUCCUCCUUUCUCCCCCCUCUCUUCCCCCUCAGCAGCCAGUAGUGGGAGCUUUACCAGCCCAUCUCCUUGUGGGGGACCCCAGGACCAGAGUUCUUCUCUGCCACCAGUGCCUACACGCUCCUCCAGCUACAACUUUACCACCCAGCCUCCUCUUUUUCCAAGGACCAUACUGCCUAAUUUCAGCAGUGCUGGCAUGGGCCAAAAGGUUCAGGAAAGCCCUAGGCUGCAGAGGAAGCUCCUAACAGAAGCUCCUUCAAGUCCCAAGCCAAACCACAGAGGACUCAACCAAGAUGGAUCAGAGAGCCCUCUACAGAUCUCUCUGUUGUCCUCCAGUGAAUCUCUCAGUGGUAGAAACAUUGUGCCAAGCAGUCCUAGAGUCACACCCAAAUUCUCUAACUGUCCAUCCCCAUCUCCUUCCAGUCCCAGGACCAAGACUACCUCGGUGCUCCAGGAAACACCUGCCAGUCCUUUUAGGGAGCAGACCAUUCUAGCAGAUCACUCCUUGAACUCCAGCCCCUCAAGGCAGCUUUCUCAACCCAGCAGAGCAUUUCAGCCUCCCCUAGACCCCAUUGUUCAUAUUAUCCAAGGAUCUCCACUCCAGCAGCAUCCACGUUCACUGCAGCCCCCUGAGAGCCCUCGCAUGGCCAGGAGGAACUUGGAGUUGAAUGGUGGCAGUGGAGGAAGCAGUAGUAUGAGAGAGCUGCCACCUCUAAGUCCCUCAUUAGCUCGGAGAGGAGUCCCAGUUCUUCCAGGAGCACUUCCAGGAACAAUCCCUACAUUGAGGACUCCAGAGAGCCCCUCAAAUCUGGGAAGAUUUGUCCCAGAGAGUCCCAGGCUUCGCCGCAAAACUGGGUCCACAACCGAGGAACCAUCUUGCAGUAGAGGGAUCAGAGCCCGCAGUCCGUCUCCUACUUCUAUGAUGAUGGAGGGUGGUAGUGGUGCGGGCAUACGGAAGGGGAGCUUUGGAAAUCCUCUGUCGCCUGCUUACAGUCUGGGAUCCCUACCUGGUUCAUCCCCUGUAGCCAGCCCCAGGACCCAGAGGAAAAUGUCUUCAGGGAGACCCCACCCAGGAAUGCGGGAGAGGAAGAACAGCAUCACAGAGAUUAGCGACAACGAGGAUGAAUUGCUGGAGUACCACCGACGUCAGAGAGAGGAGAGGCUCCGGGAGCAGGAGAUGGAGAGAUUGGAGAGACAGCGACUGGAGACCAUCCUGACUCUCUGUGCUGAAUAUAACAAAGGCGAGAGCCCAGGGCUGGACCCUCUGGGCUCUGGGAGGAUUGGUUUUCCUGGGAGCCCAGCUGACGGCUUGGCACGAAGGCCAUCUCUAGAGAAUGUCCUUGGAAAUAAUAGCCCGUUAUCGUCCUCGACCACGUUGCGCCUGGCACAGAAACAGAGAGAGAGCGACGAGGAGAACCUGAAGGAGGAGUGCAGUAGUACGGAGAGUACCCAUCAGGAGGUGAGGAUGUCCCCGGCUCCCUGCACAGCGUCAGCACAGCUCAAUGGAGAGCAACAGCAUGAAGACUCCUCGGGUCAUUCAGAGCUCGGUUAUCUGGAGGAUGAGAGGGUUCGUGUUCUGGCUCGGAUCGAUGAGUUCAAAACUCGGCUCACUGAGUUGGAACAACAACUUCAGGAGUCCAAACAAGAGGCAGAGAUGGAGCGAGCCUUGCUGCAGGGCGAGAGGGAGGCCGAGCUUGAGCAGAUAGAGGCUGAGUCCAUGGUCAUCAACCAGCUGCAGCACAAGCUCGAUGAGCUGGAGAAUGCCGUCCAGCGUGAGAAGGAUAAGGAAAGGGCUAAUGUUGAGGCUGAGCGCCGGGCCUUGCAGAGACUCCAGGAAAAGUAUGGCGAGCUGACGAACCAGCUUCAUAACUGUCCCGAGUCCCUGCGGGAACACUUGCAGGAACAGCUCAAAAGG